AUGAAGCGCCGCUCCGCUUCCGAAAUCCCCGAAAAGCAGUUCAAAAGGAACACGCGAGAACGAAACCGGGCUAAGCAGCUCGUCGACGCCUUCCAUCAGUUGGAGCAUGUCGUGGUGGGAGACGCUCCACGGCAGUGCAGAUUGACUCAGCUCCAAGUGCUCCACGAGGCGAUGCGCAAGAUCUAUUGGCUGCAGGGCAUACUGUCCGAGGCGCCGGAUGCGGCUGGUGGUCCGCUGAAGCUGGAAUUCCCUAUUUACUCGGGAUACCGAAGGGCGUCUUCCUGGACCGUGGUCGAUGUGCAGCAGCAACCUGCUCAAAAUCAGUUCUUGCCCGCCCACUCGACCGAUCCAUCUGCCUGUUCGGAUGACUCGGGCAGCCCGUCUCCUCCAAUCCAGGAAAAGCGAAAAUCUGCAGACAAAUCCGUUGAGCUGCACGGAUUUCAGUAUAUCGACCUGCCGAAAUACUUCGAGGCCCGCAAGCAUAAAGGAAAGAAGUUCAUAUUUUCGUUCUUCAGCCGAGCUGGGAGCCCACGUGCAGUAAAAAUGAAGCUCCUCCUCCUCACAGUGGCCAUGUUUGGCGCCCUUGGCGCUAAAACCUUCUACCGGAUUGACGGAGAUGGAUACGGCCCAUUCAAGUCGCACUUCCACGACUGGCUUGUUGCCCGUGGUCACACAUUCGCUCUCGAAGCCUACGACAACUACGGGGCCACCGGCACCUUCGGUGGCAAGGAUUCGGAUGGCCAAGGGAUUUCAAAGACCCCAGUCAUCUUCAUCCACGGCAACUCUGACUCGGCCCUCGACACCGGGGCAAUGCUUGUUGAUGGCUGGACAAAAGCGCUAGGAUAUUACAUCGAUGAGGGGUACACCUUCGCCGAGUUGUACGGUAUCACCUACGGUGAUCGGGACAUGGCCACUGCUGCUGAUACUCAGAUGACGUGCGAAUGGAUGAAGGGCCAUCGGAAGUUUGUCGAAGACGUUUUGGAAUAUACUGGCGCGCCGAAGGUGAACCUCGUCGGCCAUUCUAUGGGAGCGACAAUUGCACGAUUUGUGGCGAAAGGAGGCAGUAGUAUCAUCAACGGCGAGCACUGCGACCUCGGCCACGCUCUUACCGACAAGAUUGACGUGCUCAUCAGCGUGGCUGGAGCCCACUUUGGAAUGUGCAUGUGCACGGCGCUUUCCGACAAGCAUUCCUGUAGCUCUGCGGACGGUUUCUGGCCCGGCAACACAUGCGGGGGAGGUGUGGAGACGACGUGUGCUACUGCCACCCAGGGACAAUGCACGGAUAUCGACCACUACAGCACCUUCCUCAAGGACAUCAACAACAACGAGGCGAGGGAGGCCGGACAUGUCUUCUCGCUGUUUUCGAGGGACGACAACGUACUCGGGCCUGAGUCAUUGACGUGGGGACGCAUGACUUCAAUCAUCCCGAACGAGGACGGCAACCACGAGUACGGUGGCUACACCCACUUCGAGAUGAAAGACAAGACAGCGGCGGAUGCCAUCUGGGCAUUCCACAACCACGCCCUUCCCCCGAAAGACCGAAGGAAGUUGAAGCGGACCGGAAUCGACAUCCUCGAGACCCUUCACAGCUACAGCAGCGAGGAGGAAGAAGAAAAA